CGAGACACCAGCCGGCUGAAGUCCAGCAGCUGCACGGUCCGUUUUGUCGUCAUGUGUACUGGGGGCCUAUCCUAGGCUGUUGGGGAAGAACGGAGAGAGGGGAACGGGAAACCGCUUGGUCGGCACGGAAUCAGUGAGUGAACUGAUGAAUAACGAUGCAGUAUCAGAGACAGUUGGGCACAUUAAUAGUCUAUCUAGGUGGGCAAAGCAGAGUAAGUAUCUUGUGACGCUGACAAGACAGUCAACUGAUUGAUGGCUUAUAAAUGAGGCAGAAUAGGUAGGUAGCCCAGUCAGAUACGAAGCGGCAAUGGAACUUGAGUUGCUCAUCUCUCCGAUGAGUUAUCCAUCGUUUCUCACUCAAUCGAUUCCUUUAGGAUCUGACUACUGUGUCUUGUCUUAUCCCUAGAGGCGCAGGAUAAGCAGAACUCGACCCAAUAAUAAAUAGGUAGGUAGGUAGGCAUCUGCCCGCUGGCCAACGUCUCUCUCUACCUGCCAAAGUCUAAAGCCUUGGUCGUUGUGGCUAGGUAGGUACCUACCUACUUGUACGCUGCCGUCACGUCGCCCUUUUUGCCCAACAAAUCAUUCUCGCCAAGCGAGAGCAGCCAAUUCUCGGCUGACGAACGACGACCCCACCCACCACUUACGGAUAGACUACGUACUCUGUACAGAGCGCGCUAACGAAGCGCCUGAGCCUGGGCCGAGCCUCAAGCAGAAGCAACGCCACUUGACGCAUCCAUACUUGUACAAGCUGGAGCACAAACCGCCUGUACCCCGGAUCACUAACACCACUGAAAGGGUCUACGGCUUUUAUAUUGUCGGGCGUAAAUUGCGAUACAACAGAGACGGUUCGACUAGCAAGUUCCCAUUGUGCAGAUCCUCAGCUACGUCGAGUUUCAUUGUUUUAUUUAGCCUUUGUGUGCCCAUCAAAUCCGUCUCUGGCUGGUGCUUGGUGAUCAGAGACCUAAGACAUUGUAAGACAAGAGGUGAGUUGUUCAUUCACUCUUUGCCUUUGAUUAGGUAGGUUGUUCACUCAACUUGUCUGUCUGUCUUUCGGAGUUUUACCUGCCUCUGGAACCACUCCACCAACCCUUGUCAAUUACGCACUUUUGGCCCUUCUUCGCACCCCUGUCCUUCCUGUCAUUGAGGACUUGCUCUCUCUGGGGCGCAGGCAAAGGGCCACUUUACCGCUGCUGCUCUCUUGGCCGGGCUUGGUUGUUCAACUGUCUCUCUUGGCUGAGGUGCCGAAUAGCGAGAGCCAAGCCUCACGAUUAAGCUCGACAUUGGUCGCGCCGAAGAUCCGAUCAAACUCAGCGCUUGAGGAGGCUGUAGGCCAAGCAGUGACCAAGAAGAAGAAGAAGAAGAAGAAGAAGAAGCUAAUCGUAAUCAUUCCAUGUAGCUCAUCAUUCUGUGGACGCAAUAUAACCCUGUCUGGCCCCCCAUCGCCCAUCGCUCACUAUCGCUCCUCUGCCCAAAUCUCCUUCCUAGGAACCCCAGCAAACUUCAGCCCAGCUAUUACAGACUUACAGCAGCUGUCUGUGCUAGACUACUUACUCCAAACUUGUCCCCUGCUGCUGGUUUAAUUUGACCAAAAAUCUUCCCGUCUUCUCUUCAUUGAAGCGAAAGUGAAAUCUCCUUUCUCUUCUUCAGUGACAGACCAACAUAACAUAACUACCUCGUUAUCCUUUCUUUGCACUCUUCUCCACGGUGCUUUCUCUCUCAAGGUUACGUGCAACCGCUGAGGCUUUGCUCUGGCGGCGUCCGCUUACACCCACACACACGCACGCUCUCUCUUACGUCCGUCCAUCUGAACUUGCCCCAUGUGGUAAUACAGCCACAGUCAACAAGAGUCGAUGUAGUUCAAGGACUGAGCAAGAUCGCUAUCUUUUUUUUCUUCCUCUUUGUGAUUUUCUCAUCAUAAACAAACAAACUCAAACUCAACUCUCGGUCGAUCAUCAAAUGACUUCUCAUUCCACACACUCCAAAUCUACCGAAACAAUGGCGGAUACAAUCACUACCACGAAUACCGCCAAGCCUCGAAGGGAAUCGAGAGAACCAAGAGACACAGGAUUCCCUGAGCCCUUUAACAAUGUCCGAAACACCACACUCCCACAUCCUGAUGCGGAUCUUUCACCCAACGCUUGUCUCACUCAAGAAGAUAUCGAUCCUGACCGGGCACUUAUGCGAACUCGGCGAUCUUUCCUUAGGAAGAAACGACGCACUCUCAACCAUGGUCGUAUCAACCCCACUUCGGAAGCCCUCUACAGUGUAUUCUCCCUGGUUCAAUCUGAUGUUGGAGAUAACGAGAGCGUCAGAGCCGGCAAUCCAUCCAUGAACAGCUUCCGCCCUUCUACAUCAAGCAUCCGACUCUCCAAGGACGAGACCGAUAGUCUCGCGUCUAGGAACACGAGGAGAGACGAAGAGAACACACCGCCAACUUCGCCCGACGUACCAACCCAUCGCUCUAAGAAAGGAUUUAUGAGCAAGUUUCGGAGGAGUUAGAGGUGUUGUAUAACCUUCCGAACAAACAGUGCAACACCUCACUCAGAUCGGAACAAUCAUGACUUCUACAACGACGUAUACGGCCGAACCUGAUGACCCUGUGACGAACGCAUCACCGAUAUGCUUUUCUUCCGGAAAAAAGUUUACUUUCUUUACUUUUCUUUUGUGGGUAGCGUGGCGUUUACCUGGAUCAUGGUUUCUUGAUCGGCAAGGAAAAGUAUCGCCUGGCAAUCAGUGCAAAUACUUGGAUAUUCAAGUCCCUCUGGUAGGGCAGAGACAGCAAUGCCACUCAUAUAGCCAGUUGGUUUGGCUUGGAAGGAAGUAGCCGGCAGGGACACUCUUUUAAGAAUUAAUAAGUACCUUAGCUUCAUCGCUAUGAUCGUAACAUUGUCAUCGUCUCUGUACUAUCUUCAUAUCAUACCAGUGGGGUUUCAGGAUAAGGGUUCUAAAAAUCGCUUUGGCAUCGAUUUUUCUCUCACGAGAUAGUUACAGCCCCUGAUUCUGGUCGUUCCGCUCCGUGUAGUACCAAGAAUACUACCAUCCAUUUAGCUUCCACGGUAGGAAGUAUAACUAUAGGGGCUCAGCAGAAGGGGAACAUGAUACGUCUGUCCCUCGUCGACACGAAAUUUCACCGUUACUUCAGGGAAGAAGGUGUUCUCUUCGCCAAAGUAAGCUCCCGUAUCAAAACGCAGCGUCCAUCGCGACGAACCCUGCCCCUUGCGGUCCUCAAGCACCUCAACGAGAGUCUGAAGAGGAGGCUCUCCAGCAGCAUCCUCGGAAAGAUACGGUAGCCAGGCUGUAACACGGCCAUCGUCGUCGGUCAUGGAUUCGAAGGUGUUGGGUCGAGGUUGGGCAGCAGAGUGAGGGUUGAUCGACGGCGGGAUGGGGCCUUCAAGACGGACACGGAUGCCACGAGCAGGGCGACCAGCCUGUGUAUCAAGAACGUGGCACGUGAUAGGGUCUUUGGUGUGAGAAGCCAUCGUGAUGGUUGAAUUUGGUGUGCAAAGUGAUUGAUUGUGGUGUAGUCCAGGUGAUAAGGUAUGAUCAGAUACCUAUUCGGCGAGGUUGACGUCAAGGUGGGGUAGGUGCAAGCUGACGGGAGCUUUGGAUGGAGGUAGCUCAGUUACCUAGGUAGGCAGGAUGCCUCUGCCUCCUGGAGCUUAUAGGGCUGCGUACUUAUAACCCAGAGAAGAGAGAUCAAGGCCAGAAUUGUGAAGGUAUCUGAAGGGGGGGGGGGAAUCGAACGGAAGUAAAAGGGUGACGUGAGUGAGGCAGUCAGGUCAGAGUUGGAUUGUUUGCGGCUGCACAGCCUAAAGUACUUGGUGCAAAGAAUCAGUGACUUCAGCUGAAUGACUGACUACCUGAUUACUACCACGUACCUCGCUAUCUACCAAAUGUAAUCAAGGCCCAGUAUUAAGUUCAAGCCAUGGCUCUGUAGAUAAGAAAUUCAUAGGAGAUAUAUGACUGAUAGUAAUGGUAUUAUUGUGUAUUACAGAAAGAUUGGACUCAAGAACGAACCCCUC